AUCAACGAAUCAAAGAUAGUGCACACUUUGAUAUUACCAUGAGAAUCACGAAGAGCCGAGCACACUUUGCUCUAAAUUGCGCAGUCAUGCUUAUGAUUAUUCUGCUUCUCUUCAAGUUUACCACCGUGGUUGCCAAGGGUGGCGGUGGUGGUGGUCACGGUGGCGGUGGUGGUGGUGGUCACGUCGGAGGAGGGGGUCACGGCGGAGGAGGUGAAGGCAGUGGUGGGCAUGGAGAAGAAGAAGGCGGGCGAGGGAUCGGAGGGGCAGGCGGUAUGGUUCAUCAACCACGACCAUUGACAAGGAGUGGAGACUCUGCACUAAACCCUUUAGCGGGUGUAUCUGCGACUAUUCUUAUGAUCAUCGUGUUUCUAUUUAACUAGAGCUUAACAUGUGUCUUCGCCUGUCAAGAAAUUUUAGGAAUUGAUUAUGGUAGGUAAGUUGUGUGCUCGUUUGUUUUAAUAAGAUUUGUCU